AUGGCGCAAAGAGUGCAGCGAGGAAAGCGCAGACAAGCGGCUGACGACUCGCCACCGUCGUCGCCGCCCCCAGCAGAGAAGCGGAGGCAGACCGCGACCGCGCGCAAGAGCACGGGCGGGCGACCACCAGCCCGCGGCCCGAGCGACGCAGGGCCCUCGAACGCGGGCCGCCGCGCCAGCGGGAAGCGCUUCAGGCCCGGGACGGUCGCCCUGCGCGAGAUCAGGAAGUACCAGAAGAGCACGGACCUGCUCAUCCGCAAGCUGCCGUUUUCGCGCGUGGUGCGGGAGAUCGCGCUGGACAUGAUCACGGACACCGUCGAGUAUGGAGACAACGGCUUGCGAUGGCAGAGCUCGGCGAUUCUGGCGCUGCAAGAGGCGACGGAGGCCUUCCUCGUGCACAUGUUCGAAGACGCGAACCUGUGCGCCAUCCAUGCCAAACGGGUAACUGUCAUGCAAAGAGACAUCCAACUCGCACGACGCCUGCGUGGUUCGAGCGGUGGGCUGGCGUGA